CCUCGAUGUCGCUCCUCCACACUACGACUUUCCAUGCGCUCCGUAACAACUAAGCAUGAUGAUCACCGCCCGGCUCUCCGGCCAUAGCCUCGAUCUAUCAUUAGCUUCUGUUAUUUCAUCUCCUGGUGUUAAGUUCCCAAGUGAACUACAGUACAAGAAUACUAGGGCCAACCAGCUCUUUGACACCGGUCGACCUGCAUUCACGCGCUGUUUAGCUAUGCCGUGCUGAGAAGCUACAUGCCACACCCUUACCUCACUCUACGUGCGAGACGCCUAUGUUCAAGACCUAUCUCGUCAACUCAUGGUUCACAUGUUCACGACAUCAUGCCAGUCCGCUAGAUCCUCUCCUCUCAUUCAUGCCGGCGUCUUGAUGGGCACCCCGAUAUGUGUCCUGAUAGCGUCGCUGCUCGACUUGGGUGUACACGUACAAGUGUACUCCUCACCCGUUCCCCCAUCUGAGUCUAGCGCUCUUCCUGUAACUGACGGCAAUGCGGUGUAUGAAGUGCCCAGGAUGGUACUGUCACCCGUGUUGGUACCGUGGGGGGUGAUUGUAGUAGAGUCAAUCUUCGUCGAGCUAGUAGCACCCUGCCUCCCCCCCAGCCUGGCUGCGCCCACCGAGAUGGCGAGCACUGAAAUGAAGAAAGGGUUCGUAAAGUGCAUUGGUGGUGUUAAGUUUCUGACCAGCAGAGAGUGUAUGGUUUGCUGGAGACGGACGCCUUGCAUGAGCCUUUAUACGUUUGACAGAUGUAGGGUGGGAAGCGUUGGCUUGGGGUCGCUUCUUCCAUCCGUUUCUACGAUAAGGCUGUGCAGGACGCAUAACCAUCACCUCAGUUGAUGUCUGUUGUAUUUUGAGGAGGUGGUCUCUACAAAUAACACGUCUCUACGCACUGGGACUUGGGUAUAUUUG